AUGUAAGCUAAAACUUUGUUUAAAAAUGAUUUCACAUAAUAAAUUAAUGUAGAAAAAUGUAAAGUACUUAUUAAUUUCGAAAUUCCAAGCUUUUUCAAUUUUAAAGAAUCAUAACCUCAUUGCUCUCAUAAUAUCUACAAUUAAGGAAAUUGCUCUUCCUCUUAUUCUAUUACUGUAUCUUCAGCUUUUUCAGAUAGAGUCUAUAAAGUGAAUUCAACAUAACAAUUAUCAGCUUAAAACUUGUUAUCUUGUGAUGGUAAAUUAAAUCAAGUAUGUAGAAGAGGACAUAUAACAAGAUCAGCUGAAUAUAUUAUUAAACAUGGAUUGA